CGACCGUGAAGAAUACCGCCUCGAGGGGUAAACGCACCAACAACAGGGAACUACCGGGGUUAGUGGGAGACUGGCUACCUAGCUGCUCUUGAUCAUACCACUGUUGAGGAAGCUACACGUUCGUCGUCGGUCGUCCAGCCCUGUCAAGCUUCGAGAAGUGAUGUCCUCGACGGCCAAGCUCACAGCCAUCACAACCUCUACACUAUCGCUCCUUCUCGAGCGACAACGUCUUCAAACAACGCAUCCUACAUUGCAUUUACAACAGAUUGUCUCAAAUCUCCGAGUAUUACGCGCUGGUGUGAUUGAGGCACAAAGCCAGGGAGACGACGAUGCUGAUGCAGGGCCACUUCGCGGGCAGUAUGAACGACUAAUAGAAAUGCUCGGAGAGGAGGAGGCGAAGAGAGCCAAUCUGGAAAGUAUACCCCCUCCUGCACCUCCGUCCCCCUCAUUGCCUUCAUCCCCUUCUUUCGGAGAGCGGAAAAUGAGCCCGGAGCCUCUAUAUGAACCAUAUACAGACGACCCAGAUCCUGAACCAGCUUUGGGUGAAUGCGGCAUUCUGUUACAGCAAAGGCGAAUAAUAGAUGAUCAAGAUACACACCUCGAACAUCUUUCCUCAUCCAUUGGUCGUCAGCACCACAUAUCCCUCCAGAUUAACGAUGAAUUGGAAGUACACACAGGGCUACUCGACACACUAGACACUGAAUUGGACGGCACUGAUGCUCGUAUGAGGAACGCACGGAGACGGCUUGGGCGUGUGGCACGGGGAGCGAAGGAAAAUGGUUCAACAGUGAUAAUCGUUCUUCUCAUUCUCGUACUGUUAAUCCUCAUUGUAAUUUUCAAAACAUGACUUGUAUCUUCAUUGGCUUUGGUUCUUUUUCUCACUCUAUCUCUACCAUCCAGUUGGAGCCAUGGCGUUGAGCCUUCGGCGGAUCAGCUUUUGCUUCGCAGGAUACCCCAGUGUUGUGCACAAAAUCGGAACUAGCAAUUU